UGUGUGUGUGUGUGUGUGUGUGUUGCGGGGGUGCUUAGACAACAGGGUGUGUCGUCUCCUUCAGGUGCAAAGCUGUGCUAGUUGCCUCUAGCCUCUAACACUGUCCGUCUCGAGUGACACAUCUCGCAAGCUUGGACACAGAUCGUUCCCGAGUGUUGCUCACAAGGACUUAGCCAGCUCACACAGACAAGAGUGACCAGUGCAUGACGACCGUGACUCUGCUGCAGACUCCCACAACCUCCUCAAGCCAUCUAGGAUCAUGUCUGGCAUCUAUGAUGAGUCGGCCAGCCAGGAGGAUGGCACAGACAGCUUCUGGGAGGUGGGGAACUACAAGCGUGCUGUGAAGCGGAUUGAUGAUGGCCACAGGCUCUGCAAUGACCUGAUGAACUGUAUACAGGAGCGUGCCAAAAUUGAGAAGGCCUACAGCCAGCAGCUGACCGACUGGUCCAAGAGAUGGAGACAGCUGGUGGAUAAAGGACCCCAGUACGGCAAUGUGGAGAGGGCCUGGGUGGCAGUGAUGACAGAGGCUGAGAAGGUAAGUGAGCUGCACCAGGAUGUGAAGAACAGCCUGGUCAACAAUGACUUUGAGAAGGUGAAGAACUGGCAGAAGGACUCCUACCACAAACAGAUGAUGGGAGGCUUCAAGGAAACCAAAGAGGCAGAGGAAGGCUUCAAGAAGGCCCAGAAACCGUGGGCCAAGAAGCUCAAGGAGCUUGAGACUGCCAAGAAGACGUACCACCUGGCUUGUAAGGAGGAGAAGGUGGCGUCGAUCAGAGAGGCCAACAGCAAGGCAGACGCCUCAGUCGCGGCCGACCAGCAAAAGAAGCUCCUGGACAAGGUGGACAGGUGCAAGCACGAUUCUCAGAAGGCUAAGGAGAAGUAUGAGAAGACUCUGGAUGAGCUGAGGAACUGUACGCCCCAGUACAUGGAGAACAUGGAGACAGUGUUUGACACGUGUCAGCAGUUUGAGGAGAAGAGACUGCGGUUCCUCAGGGAGGUGCUGUUGGACAUCAAACGACACCUCAACCUCACCGAGAACCAAAGCUAUGCCACAGUGUACAGGGACCUGGAGCACACCAUCGCCUCUGCCAGCGCACAGGAGGAUCUGAAAUGGUUCAGCAACAACCACGGCCCUGGCAUGCAUAUGAACUGGCCCCAGUUUGAGGAGUACAACCCUGAGAUCACUCACAUGAUCAGCAAGCGAGAGAAGUCAAAGAAAGGGGCAGACGGUAUCAUGCUGACCAACGUGACAGCGGCCCCGGACUAUGUGGCUGCAUCGGCUGGAGACAGGGGCAGUGUGAGCAGCUCUGAUAAGAACCAGGCCUACUCCUCCCAGGACCAGUCGGCAGAGUGGUCAGACGAUGAGCAGGCCGCGCCAAACUCCGGCUCAGACACCAAUGGGGGUGGGGCCAACCCCUUUGAGGAGUCAGCGAAGGGUGUGCGGGUGAGGGCGCUGUAUGACUAUGACGGGCAGGAACAGGAUGAACUCACCUUUAAAGCAGGAGACGAGCUGACUAAACUAGAAGACGAGGAUGAGCAGGGUUGGUGUAAAGGCCGGUUGGACAGUGGCCAGCUGGGCUUGUAUCCUGCUAAUUACGUGGAGCCCGUCUAGCUGCUUGUGUACGUGGAGGACACUGCCCCAUUGGUUAGUCACCCAGACUGAACCGUCUGAUCAUACUGCAUAUUACCAGAGACUUCAAAGCAAUGCUUCUCCAUCCCUCCUCUCUACCUGUGCAAUCAACACACAGACUGAGCCGUCUUUAUUUAAACACUCCCCUAGGACCCACAUCAGACAAAGGCAGUACCAACACGACCAACACAUAUCAACCACAACACUGGGCUUGGGACCAUGGUCGAACCACGUCAGUAUACGUGUGCCAACAACAAACAUCACAACCGAGAAGCGUAGGAAAACAAUUCAGCAUUUUUGUGUAGCUGUGUUCUAUUCCAAUGUUGUGCAGUGGUUAUGAUGACAUUCACAUGGCAGAAAGUACGUUCCCUCAUAACAUAUGACAUGGUUUAGUCCAUGGUGCUUGCAUAGCCAGAAUGAGCUAUGUAAAUGAGCUAGGUGCAUUGUAAAUAUGUGCUGACGGGUCUGUCAUUCCAUGUAAGGUUCUAAAAGUCCCCCUGUGAAACAGCAGCAGCAGCAGCAUGUGCUGCUGUAUGACAUUAAUGACCUUUAGCUGUAGGAUCACUGACAAAUCACUGUUGAGCAGAGCAUAGCACAGCAGUACUACGCUGUUGAGCCUUGUUCAGUGUAAUGGCAUCGAACAGUGUUUCUCUACCCUCGUUGUACCCGAGACUGGCAAGCUAUGGUUCUCCUCUUUGGAUGACCGUUUAGUUGAAAAGCUUCUCUCAAGAUCAGACGAUGUUGGUGUCAGACAGAUGAGGGACCACUCAGUAACGUCUCAGGGGCCCGGUGCCAGACCAGGGACCGAGGGUUGAAGAAACACCGGUAUAGGACAUAUUCUUUCCCUAAAGCAGCAUUGAGAUAAUGUACUUGUAAUACCUCCGAUCAUACCAUGUUGAUCAUGUGCUUGUAAUUUCCUGACCCCACUGCUUUCUGGACUCAUCACUUUAUGUCGUUUUUCUUUUGUCUUAAAGUGCACACUGUGUUCAUUGAGAAAUAUGAAAAAUACGCUUUAUUGUUUUGAUUUCUUUUGUCCCUUUUUUCUUUAGCACAUAUUGGGUUUAGGCUGAGGAAUGCACUACCUAUGUGGGCCUCCACAAGGGUUCAGCGCAAUGAUAGCAUUGACCCAACUCCACUAACGGGUUAAACGGUUUGUCAUCAGAAAUGAACUGUUGCCGACCAAAUUAAAGGAGACAAAGACAUUUAGGAAUAUGAUAGAAUCCUGGGAAUUCACUGUAGCAAACUAACGAGAGUCCCACUGCCCCAUGCGAGAUACUAGAUUCUAUCCAUAGAUAUAAAACACAUGCAUCUUUUUAUGAAUGAAAAGGAGUCACUUUAACUGUAUCCCUGCUCAGUCUCUGUCUCUCUCCACCUUGCUCUUCCUGAUCUAACAGUCAUUGCAUACUAGAUCACAAUACGCUGUUAAAUACUACUGAAAGUGAGCCUACUGUACAUGUUGACCAAUUCAUUCCUUCUUUUUAGUUUAUGUUUUUAUCCUGUCAGUUGAAUCCUUAAUCCUUAACAUCAUUUUCGAAAACUGAUGCCAAUGAUUUGUGUCUCUUGGCAAAAUUGAGACUUAUCCAAAUAAAGGGGAUAACGUGAAUCUAUACAGCACACAAUCCUUAAUCCUUGUCUACUGAACUUGUGAAUCAAAGAGAAUGUGCAGCGGAGAUAAUACCUAUAAAAUGUGUGACUGUUAUUAUAUACAUACUGUGUGUGUGUGUGUGUGUGUGUGUGUGUGUGUGUGUGUGUGUGUGUGUGUAUAUAUGAAACAGUGUUAACCCUUUAAACACCAGGGAUGUACUCUUAAUGACAAUGACAUGGGGAGAGAACGCUAAAGUACACUGUAAAGAAAGGCAGAAAGUGUAAAAUAUUGAUGAGGAAACUGUCUUUUGGAGAUCUGGGAUAUAGCUAACGGGGGACAUUUUGGGACUGCACUUCCGAUAGUGGGAUAAAACAUUUUAACCAUCAGCUCUCCAAAUGAAACCCAAGCCUAGCUAAAUCAGUAAAUGCUUCACCUGAGCCACACCGCCCAUGCCCACCACACACACACACACACACACACACACACACACACACACACACUAACAGAGAGAGAAGAGAGCCUGUGUACACAGACACUGGCUCAGUGCAUCUGGAAAGACCCAGUUAAAUUACCACCAUGAAAAGACAUAACUAGGGCACAUGCUCUUUUAAACUAUUGUAGACUCCUUUAGCCAGUUCAACGGCCCAAUAAAGUGCAGAUAGUACACUAUUGUCCGUAUACCCAGCAAACACAAUGCAUUGUAUCUAAAUCAGAAUGAGAUUGUUUACAAUACUGUUGUACACAUGUCAUCUAAUUUGAAUAUGAUUAUGAUGUAAAGUACAGUCAUUUACAUCAUGACCAUGGUGUUCACACAGAAAUGCACGUGAAGCCGCGACAGGAUGGUGAAUAUGUAAAGAUGUUUUAACCUUUUAUUUGACCUUGUCUUGCAUACAGUAUGUAGGGGAACCAGUGGUUGUGGGAAAGCCCUAGUGGUCUACAAGGCUGUCUGUUAAGAAUAAUAGUUCUGUAAUCUUCAAACUGUAGUGCCUGUUCAUCUGCAUACAACAAAAUAAAAGGCUUUAUCAGAGCAUUGGAACGACUAUUGUGAUGAUAGGUAUAUGCAUUAUGUGGAUAGAGGGGUGAUAUACACACAUCCAUUAAAAAAAAUGUUUUUUUUGUACACUGCGAAUUGACCGUUUGAUUACAUUGAGGCAAGAUCACUUUUUGUUGUUGUUGCUAAAUUCCUGGUGAUUUGACUAUUUGUUGACCAAAAAUGUUGGUCAUGAGACUCUAUAAUGUAUUUUGGCAAGUCUUAUAAUAAUGAAUUAUCCUGCAAGCUGUAAAUAAAGCCUUACCUAAACACA